ACAUCCACUCUUAUUAGAAAUUAGUGUUAAUUCACAUUAAGUUUUGUCUAAAUAUUUCCGUAUUACAUGUCAGUUAUACGAAAGAUGACGACGCUGUCCAGUUUUCGAUGGUGGUUUAUAAUUUUACAGAUUUCAUGCUGUAAAGAGAUGUGUAUUGCAGUUUCUACAACCACAAUUGAAAAUUCUACUGGUUUCCAUAAAGGAAAGGGUGUUUUGGAGGAUUUUAAAAAAUUCAUUGAGAAUCCAAUUGUAAUGUACUUCUCGGCUGGUUUUAUGACAGCCUCUUUGAUUUUUUCCAUUGGCUGCUUUGUCUCAAAAUGCAAGACGCCACAAAGGAAAGAUGAUGAUGCAGAAAAUGCCGAGCUUGUCGAUAAGGAGGACCAGGUGUUUGCAUCGGCCCCCGGAAACGAAUAUGUUAAUGAAGAAUCGUGCGAAUCUGAUCAGAAAAGUUAUGCUUACUGCCAUAUUGACACGGAUCAAAAAAGCACCGACGACUUUUCUCAAUCAUCAACAUCUAAAAAGCGAUAUAAUCAUCGAGAAUCGUACGAUUUUGUUGACCACAACCGAAUAAAAUCGUCGUUGUUGAAUGAUACGGAAAAUCCAAAUCCGUAUAACCACGUGACAGUCGAUAUGGAGGUUACCGAAUACGACAAUGCAAGUUUCCUAAAGCCAAGGAAUGAAGUCAUGGAUCCAACAUAUUCUCAUUUGUCAGAGGUGAAAUUGCAGAAUGAAAAUCCUAGCUUGACGACAGACAAAGGCGAUAAAGGGAAACUAGAACACAGGUCAAUGGAUGAAACAAACAAUUCAAGCAAUAAAGAAAAUAAAAAACAAAAGACAUCGGAAAAAGAAAAGCAAAAGAAGCCAGACAAUAAAAAAGAAAAGAAACCAGAAAAAGAAAAAGAAAAUCAAAAACAAAAGAAGCUUGAAAAAGAAACUCAAAAACAAAAGAAACCAGAAAUAGAAAAGCAAAAGCAAAAGAAUCCGGAAAAAGAUAAAGUAAAGCAAAAGAAUCAACAGAAAGAAAACCAAAAACCUAAAACUCAAGAAAAAGAAGCCCUAAAACAGAAGAAACCAGAAUCAAAAGAGAAGAUGGAAAACAAAAAGGAACAAAGCAACGACAAACUGCAAACAGCAAUGGAGACGGGAGAAUAUCAAGUCAUUAACAAUUGUGUAAAUGCUAAAAUAGGACAAAAGACAGAUGAAAAUGACAACGAAAAUGAAAAUUCAACAGAGGACAAUAAACUGAUUCGACACAAAUUUGGUUACUCCUUUGUUCAGAAAAAGAAAUCCAUCCCAAAUGAAGAAUCAGCGGACAAGACAGAGGGAUCAAAAACUUUUGACAUUUCAUGUGAUCAAGAUGAUAACUCUUACCAAUUUACUUCUAGCAGCGAAGAAAGUAAUGAAAAUAGUGAAGUUUCUACUGAGAGUAAUAGUAGGGAAUCAUCAGUUCCGAUUGGAAGCGAUGAAACUUCCGGUAAUAGCGGAAGCGAAACUGAAACUGAUAAUUUAUUGCCACCUGCGAUGGCGAUAAAUAUCUUGUAUGAGGAUGUGUCCGUCGCCAAAGGAAACGUCGUAAUUGGUCCUAUAGAUGAGACCUCUGAACCAGAACUUGAAUCGCAAGAGGAAGAUGCAGAUUACUGAACUCGUCGGAGUUUUACUUUCUGUAAAACAAAUUAAUGAAAUCCAUGUACAUUGGCUGUCAACUCAUUAAGGCUGUGCAUUUUUUCAUCCAUUUAGUAGUUUCACUUUCAAAGUAUAUCAAACUAUUCAUUAGGAUGAAAAAUAUCUUUUCGUGUCAACCUAAAUAUCAGGUUCAGAAUCGGGUUUAGUUAAAUUAAGAAAGUGCUACUAUCUCAAGCAAGUAUACAUCCCUUUUCGUUCGUUUGAAAAUUAUGUGUUGGGUUCUUAGAAACAUUGUGAAACAGACGGAAUAUGGUGUACUAAUAUUCAUGACACAAAAUCCCUACACGUUGUAUUCUGUAAAACCUGUUGAGAUUUUUAUUCCGACUACUAUAACGUAACUGAUUAUCCUGUCAUCUUUUUAUUAAAAUGUAAAACACAUAAAUGUCAUGCGUCCGAAACGCUUUUCUGGAUUUACCCUCAUCAGAUACUCCCAAAGCCGAAUUAGUUAUACAUAUUUCUAGGCCAAGAAAUGUCCAUGCAUUAAAUUUUCAUUUAUCUAUUUAAUUAAAAGUUUAUAUUUUGUAAAUAAUAUAAUAUCAAUAUUUCAUUCAGUUACCGUUAUUUUGACAACAAUGCGUAAUAAACUUUUCAGAUUUACUAACUGAUGGCCAUGAGCGUACCUACGUGAUACAGUAUGUGUCAAGAAAAACGAAUAUAAUAAGAUGGACGUAAGGUUGGACCUGGUUCAAAUAUUUGAAAAAAGAAUUGUGGAGGGUCCCACAGAAAACUUACGUGGUCCGUCGGUUGCCUUCUUCUAUAUCGAAAAGCAAAUUUCCUCACAAAUCACGUCCUUUUUGCCUUGAAAUUUUACAAAAUCCGUCUUUCCCGGAUUUACUGCUGAUAAGUGAGCUUUUCCAUGAAACACGGAAAAUCUUUGAAAAUUUUUAUUUGAGACAGACUUGGGUUGUAAAUUAAUUCGCUUUGUUAUAACUUGAAAUUUGCAUCAAAGCGUCAAUAUAAUUCUAUUUAAACUACAGUGUAUAGUGUAAAUCAUUGCAAGAACUGCAAGGAAAGAAAGUUCAAAUCAACGGUUAUUGAUAUUGUAUAAGAUUCCAAGUUUCAAUUAUCUGGUAAGGUUAUACGGUGUACGGCGUUUUCUGAGCUUCGGUUUGGCCAAAUAUAGCAUGCUAUGCACUUAUAUUUUCACCGCAUUUGACUUACUUUCUACUGAUAUCUUUUUGAUAUUUUGAAAAACCAUGCAUUAUCUGGGUAAGCGCGUUUUCGUAGUCCCCACCCCCAUUUUUCCCAGUUUAUUUGCCUUAAUUCUUUUCCAAAAUGCAUUUAUUAUCUUUUAAUUGUGUAUAUGCAGGUUUUUGUGUAUCAAAGACUAAGAUAACUUUUACGGGAACAAAACGACUCAUUCACUAAAACAAUUAUAAUCUCUAAAGAAUGAUAUCUAAUGUAUGUAAGUCAUGUCUUCUUUGACUGUCCAUGACAUUAAAACACUAAAUCCCUGGGAUGUGUUUUAGUUGAUUUUAGUCUCUCAUGCAUGAUUUUUUAUUAUUAAUUGAUUUUGGCUUUUAACUAGCUUUCAGUAGCUGCGAGUACUCUCAAAUCGUACUUUCGUGUUAAUUUGACCUGUUGAUACAAUUUGUAAUGUAUUUUUGUUAUUUAAUGUUUACUUAUUUAUUGUUAUAUCUCGUCUCACUAUUUUUAAUAUAUACCACCUUUGAUAAGUGUUUAGUAUGACGAUAAAUUUUCACUUCUGUUCUCGUACUAUGAACAACAAAAUUAUUUCCGUACUCCAUUUAUACCUUACAACAACAUUAUGUUUAUUUACCUGUGUACGUUAUUUUAUUUGGCGGCAUUUUGUCCAAGGUUAUGGUUGUCUUUCUGAUAUUGUGUCACAUCUAGCCCCCUUGUUUUAUUAAUUUUGUAUUUACAUUGUGUCAUAGAUCAAAUCUAUUCGAUCAGUUGUUUUUGUUGAUAUGUCUUUUGAUUGAGUUAAGAUAUUCAAUUGAUAUUUUAUAGUGUGUCUUUCUAUGUUGUGAUGUUACACUAUUGUUUCAGGUAGGGUGAAGGUUGGCGCACAUUAAAACGUUUAAACCCGCUGCAUUUGUUUGCACCUGUCCUAAGUCAGGAACCUGAUGUUCAGUGGUUGUCGUUUGUUAAUGUGGUUCAUAAGUGUUUCUCGUUUCUCGUUUUUUAUAUAGAUUAGACCGUUGGUUUUCCUGUUUGAAUGGUUUUACACUAGUCAUUUUUGGGGCCCUUUAUAUCUUGCUGUUCAGUGUGAGCCAAGGCUCCGUGUUGAAGGCCGUACUUUGACCUUUAAUGGUUUACUUUUACAAAUUGUGACUUGGAUGGAGAGUUGUCUCAUUGGCACUCAUACCACAUCUUCUUAUAUCUAAAUAUAAAAUUCAUAGUAAUUGUAUUCUAAAAAUAGCAUCCUGCCAUUAUACAAGUGAAAUGAGUAGAUUAUCAUUCCGGAUCACUUAAAAAUACUUUGUGUAUUGUGAUUAGUCGUCUUUGUGUUUAAUACCUACGAGAAUGUAAAACCUCCCGAAACGAAAGCUGAUUUUUUUUAGCUAUAGUUAGAGAAGGGGAUAAGGCGACUGCGCAAUGCUAUGCAGUGUUGCCAUAGAAGUUAAACGGAAAAGUGCAGGUUCCAGCCCAUAUUGGGGAGGAAGUCAAGAAUCAUUUCUAUUCUAACAUUGUUAUAUUGAUUUUCUAGGCACUAUAUGUAUAUAUUGUAUUUACAAACAAUUAGUGCAUUUUCAGCCUUAUUUUUUUCCCUAUUUUAUGCACAGCGUGGACAAAUUUUAUAACUUUUCAAGAUCAAGAUCAAGAGAGUUUUAGUGUAUGAAUCAUUUUGCUCCCAUGGAAGUUAUCUUAGUUUUUAAAACACAAAAACCUGUUGCUACGAUGUCUCAGAUGCAGGGGGUUCGAAACCCGCUGAGGGAAGAACAUUAUGUUUCACUUUUAGAUUAAAAGAUGUUUAACGAUCAAAAAUUGGCUAACGCAAAUUUACAGAUCUAACAUUGUUGGGCUAAAUUUGAGACGAAGUAUAUAUAUAAAUUGUGAUGUUACCCCCGUAUAACUCAGGUUAUUCGAUGGAGAACGUUGUCACAUAUUUAGACGUAUAUAUUUAUAUGCACACAAUUAAAAGUAUCAAACAUUUAAUAAAAUUAGAAUUAUUAA